UUCUCAGUGAACCUUGAGCGGUCGUCGAUCGCGGUUGUUGUCUGUGCAACUUCGAAACCUCAUUUCAUCGUUAUCUAUUAAUAAAUACAUUGGAUAUUUUUCUCUUCAACAAGAAAAAACCUAUCGAAAAGAGGAAUCUUAAGAUUUGUGAAACCAUAUUUCGAAACCCGGAGUAAAUAACGACAUUUGAAAUUGUAAUCUUCGCGAACAGAAUUUUUGUUUUUGAAAAUGCAGUGCUGCCAAUAGUCUUCUUACUAGAAGAAUAAUGUAUAAAAGAUUUUUACAAAUGAUGUACAUAUAUACGCGUGUGCUCCGAAACAUCGACGAAGAUUAUCUGUAUAAAUAUGUGUUGUUACACACAUAAAUUAAAUACAGAUGUGCAGAAAAACUAAUAAAUAAUAUUACAAACUAAAAAUAAUUUAAUAUUAAGUUGCCAAGUUGCAAGAAUUACUAGUAUAUAUCCAAUAAACAGAUAAGAUAAAAAUUAAAAGCGCGCGCGCCGAUUACAAACAGUGGUAUUCAUUAUCGGUCGCCUCGUUCAUCGUCAAGUGAAAUCCCGCGCUUGUGCAAGUAGGUCGCAAACACAUGUUAAUACGAAACAAGUACACAUACAACGAAGCGUGAGACAUUCUUUCGAAAGUCGUUUAACACGUAAUUUUUUUAUGGAGAAAGAACAAAAAUACAAGACGAUCAAUUAUAUUUUGUUACCUGUAUUAAAUCUAAAACGAACGUCAUACUAAAAUCUCAUAUACUGUGAUGCGCAUAAAGUUUGCGUAGAAUUGCAAGUUGUUAUGUCCUUGAAUAUAUCAUUUACAUCUUGUGCAUGGAAUGAAGUAAACGCGACACCGCCGCGAACGUUACCAAGAAUUAUGCUACGCUUAGACGGGCAGGUUUACCACUCUCGUUACCGCACUUACAAACCGCGAGUUCAACCAUCACGAAAGGAAGUCCUCGGAUGUCAAGAGCAAUUGCUAUUGCAAAAGAAAGAAAGCGCAUAGUUCGCCGUGUGUUUGAAAGUAGCGCGUGGAAACCGCAAUAUAUAGAGUCACACAGAGACUAACUGAUCGUUAUUAAAAUCAACCGUGCUCGAAAAUAUAAUUGCGACAUCCGACGUUUCGAAUUGUUCGAAAGGAUUGUUGAAAAUGCUAACUUAUGCAAAAGCGUUGUGAUUUUGAGCGAGCGAUUAUUCAAUGAAAAUAUAACUGAAAGUUGUUUCGGAUAAGCAAGCUAGAAGAGAGUCGGACACUGCGUGGAAAAAUUGAAGGAAAUGUUUUUUGGAUUAUGGAAAUAAUGAAGCCACGUAGACGAAGCGUGAGCGAGUUGCUCGAUUGGAGAUGUCUAACUGGAUGCAAAGACAUCAUCGUCAAGAACGAGAAUAAUACUGAAGAAGGGCUCUUCCUGACAGGUUGUAAUAAGGAACCGGAAACACGCAGGCGGAAACGAUCCGGUACUUGGCCGAGAACUAGGAGCCUAAACGCACCAAGUCCGGUUCAAACAUUCGGGCCAUGUGGACGUAUCAUGAAGAAUUCCGCAAUGGUUAUGACCAUUCAAGAUCCAGCCUCCCAGAGGUUGACAUGGUACAAACCACCACUCACCGUUCUGGUUAUCAAGAAAGUUCGCGAUUCAUCAGUCCUGCCACCGUUUGUUCAAAUGGUCACUUGGCUGAUAGAGGAAAAACGGAUGGUGGUCUUUGUGGAAUCAUCUGUUUUGGAAGAUCCAGCAUUAGCAAGGGAUUCCAGAUUUCAAGACAUACGGGAUAGAUUACAAACUUUUAGAGACGGCACUGAUGAAUUGCAGGAUCGAAUUGAUUUUAUCGUCUGCUUGGGAGGUGACGGCACACUUCUUUACGCCAGUUUGCUCUUCCAGCAAUCGGUGCCACCUAUAAUGGCAUUUCACCUUGGUUCUUUGGGAUUCCUCACCCCUUUCGAGUUUGACAAUUUUCAGGAGCAAGUGAACACCGUUCUCAGAGGUGACGCAGCUUUAACCUUGAGAAGUCGUCUAAGAUGCGUCAUUGUACGCAAGAAUGAGGAGGGUCAGCCGACUGAACCACCUACUAAUCUCCUAGUGCUGAAUGAAGUUGUGGUGGAUAGAGGACCCUCGCCUUACCUAUCAAACAUCGAUUUAUUCAUCGACGGCAAGCACGUGACGAGCGUCCAGGGUGACGGCUUGAUCGUGAGCACGCCGACUGGAUCAACUGCCUACGCGGUCGCCGCUGGAGCCAGCAUGAUUCAUCCUUCAGUUCCUGCUAUCAUGAUUACACCGAUCUGCCCUCACUCUUUGUCCUUCAGGCCGAUCGUCGUACCUGCCGGAGUCGAGCUCAAGAUCUCGGUUUCACCUGACAGCAGGAAUACUUCGUGGGUGUCCUUCGAUGGUAGAAAUAGGCAGGAACUUUUCCACGGUGACAGCUUGAGGGUAACUACUUCUAUAUAUCCAGUGCCUAGUAUUUGCGCGACCGAUCAAAUUACCGAUUGGUUCGAUUCUCUGGCCGAAUGUCUACACUGGAACGUCAGAAAGCGACAGAAACAUUUGGACGAAUUAAGUGAUCUCGCGCAUUCAUCCAGCAACGAUACUUUAGAUUCCUUCGAUCGAGACAGCUAGGUCAAGGAAAACGCUCGUUACAAACUGUAACACAAUCGACAAUAUAUUUGAUCGAGUCCAUAAUGUAUUCAAUUAAAAUAUUCUAAGGGUCGACAAAUUAACGUUGUUUCAAUUGAUUGAAGUUUUAUUUUUAAAGACCAAGUUUUGUCAAAUACAAUGAAAAAAUGGUAAAAUUGACUGAUCAUCGAUAAAGUUGUGCUCUGUAAGAUCAAGUUCUGUUAGAACCCGUUUACGUGCGCAAUAAGCACUGCAGAGUUUUGAAAUGAAAAGAAUGAUAAAUGUUAUGUAUUCCAGAUUGAAUAAGAGAUUGGGUCAUGGUUGUAUAAAAUUCUUAAUUCCUAAUAAUAAAGUGCAUUUGUCUUGGCCGUUGGAGAUUAACGUUAACAGCAAAA